CUUAUUUGUGAAAAAAAAAAAGAAAGAAGAGGUUUCUAAUAUCAUUCCUAUUACAUUAAUUGAUACUUGAAGGGGAUUUUAGAUGGAAUGAAAGAACAAAAAAUGGAUUCAAUUUGGGAAGGUUAAAUUUCUGAAUCACUUUUUCAAUAGUAUGUUCCAAGUUCCUUUAGAUAAUGAAGAUCUGGUUUUAGGUUAUGCUUCAGGAAGGAUCCAACAUAGUUUUUUUAUACCUAUACUGCUCAGAAAUAGUGUUAAGUAUUUAGAAUUCGACCAGAGCACUUCUAAUUUAUAGACUCCGUAACAAACAAAGAUUUGAAUGAUUAGUCAGUUUUUUUUUUUCAACUUAAAAAGUCCUUUCACUUUCAUCACUUUCAAGGGAUACAAUUCGCGAUUUCAAAGUUUAAAGAAACUUAUUUUCUUCAAAAAAAGUAUGUAUAUUCAAAAUUUAAGGGACGGCAAAUAUGAAAAUAAGAGCUUCUGUUCGUAAAAUUUGUGAAAAAUGUCGACUGAUACGUAGACGGGGGCGAAUUAUAGUAAUUUGCUUUAACCCGAGACAUAAACAAAGACAAGGAUAAUCUUGCUAAGCGGAAACGCUCUAAAGGAUCUGAUGUACAAAUAAAAAAAUGUAUAAAUAAAAAAAAGGAUCUAUUUUGACAUGAAAUGGAUAUAUCCAUAGACCCCUGACUUAUAUUUAUGAGAUAAUAAAAUAUGGCAAAACCUUUACCAAGAAUUGGUUCACGCAGGAAUGGACGUAUUGGUUCACGUAAGAGUGCGCAUAAAAUACCAAAAGGAGUUAUUCAUGUUCAAGCAAGUUUCAACAAUACUAUUGUGACCGUUACAGAUGUACGGGGUCGAGUGAUUUCUUGGUCCUCCGCCGGCACUUGUGGAUUCAGGGGCACAAGAAGAGGAACGCCAUUUGCAGCUCAAACCGCAGCAGGAAAUGCUAUUCGAACAGUAGUGGAUCAAGGUAUGCAACGGGCAGAAGUCAUGAUAAAAGGUCCUGGUCUCGGGCGAGAUGCAGCAUUAAGAGCUAUUCGCAGAAGUGGUAUAUUAUUAAGCUUCGUCCGGGAUGUAACCCCUAUGCCACAUAAUGGCUGCAGGCCCCCUAAAAAAAGGCGUGUGUAAAUAUAAAUAUUGAAGAGAUUUCAAGAGACAAGAGAAAUAAAUAAUUCAAUGAUUUCAAUAUUAUUAUGAUUCGAGAGAAAGUAACAAUAUCUACUCGGACACUGCAGUGGAAAUGUGUUGAAUCAAGAACUGACAAUAAGCGUCUUUUUUAUGGACGCUUUAUUCUGUCACCACUUAUGAAAGGCCAAGCCGACACAAUAGGCAUUGCGACGCGAAGAGCUUUGCUUGGAGAAAUCGAAGGAACAUGUAUCACACGUGCAAAAUCUGAGAAAAUACCACACGAAUUUUCGACUAUAGCAGG